CCCACUCUCAUUAUAACUACAAAUAUCAUCACUCAUUAUCUUCUUCAUAGAGGCCAUGGCCAUGGCCAGUUUCUAUUUGUUCUCUUCUUCACUUUGCAUGCUUUUUAGCUUUGUGGUAUUCACUGAAGCAGCCCCUAAAGGGUCUCUCAUCACACACCUUCCUGGGUUCAAUGGAAUUUUCCCUUCCAAGCACUACUCAGGUUAUGUGGACAUAGGAGGUGAACCUGCCAAGAAUCUGUUUUACUACUUUGUUGUAUCCGAAAGAAACCCAGCGAAGGAUCCUCUUGUUCUAUGGCUGAAUGGUGGCCCAGGCUGCUCUAGCUUUGAUGGUUUUGUGUAUGAACAUGGACCUUUCAAUUUUGAAGCAGGAAAGACACCCAUCAGCCUGCCCACUUUGCACCUCAACCCAUACAGUUGGUCCAAGGUUUCAAGCAUGAUAUAUUUGGACUCUCCUACUGGGGUUGGGUUUUCCUUCUCGAAAAACACAUGGCAAUACAAAACUGGAGACGUUCAAACUGCCUCUGAUACACAUGAGUUUCUCCUCAGGUGGUUCAAAGAAUUCCCGGAAUUCAUCACCAAUCCAUUUUAUGUGUCUGGAGAGUCUUAUGCUGGAGUUUAUGUGCCAACUCUUUCUGCUGCAAUAGUGAAAGGCAUCAAAAGUGGUGCAAAGCCUACUAUCAACUUCAAGGGCUAUUUGGUGGGAAAUGGGGUCACAGACAUGGAGUUUGAUGCCAAUGCCCUAGUCCCAUUUACACAUGGGAUGGGCCUUAUAUCAAGUGAGAUGUUUGAGAAAGCAAGAGAUAACUGUGGAGGAAACUAUUACUCAAAUGAAAGUAAAAGCUGCAUAGAAGAGCUGAACAAAAUCUAUAAUGCCAUUUCUGGCCUCAACCAAUACGAUAUCCUUGAACCUUGCUAUCAUAGACCGACGAAGAAAGGUGAAGAAACUGGAAAUACAACACUACCACUUAGCUUCAAGCAGUUAGGAGCUACUAACCGGCCACUUCCAGUGAGGACGAGGAUGUUUGGCCGCGCCUGGCCUUUUCGUGCACCAGUUAAAGAUGGCAUUCUCCCUCUGUGGACUGAAUUAAUCAAGCAAAACCCAAUUCCUUGCACGGAUGAUCAAGUAGCAAGUGCUUGGUUGAAUGACAAAGGAGUUAGGACUGCAAUUCAUGCCCAACAGAAAGAUGUGAUUGGGGAGUGGGAAAUAUGCACUGGCAGACUACACUAUUCCUCUGACUCUGGGAGUAUGCUUCAGUACCACAAAAACCUAACUGCCAAGGGAUACCGAGCACUUAUAUACAGUGGGGAUCAUGAUAUGUGUGUGCCAUUCACUGGGAGCGAAGCAUGGACCAGGUCACUAGGAUAUAAGAUUAUGGAUGAAUGGAGGGCUUGGAUUUCCAACGACCAAGUUGCCGGGUACACACAAGGAUAUGAACAUGGCCUCACCUUUCUCACCAUCAAGGGAGCUGGGCACACUGUCCCUGAAUACAAGCCAAGGGAAGCACUGGACUUUUUCGGCAGAUGGUUGGAAGGAAAAGCAAUAUAACUAACAAGGAGAAGCAGUUCUUACAGUCUUUCAUCAAUCUAUCAUUUGGCUUAGGUAGAAAUGGAAAAAAAUAAAAAUAAAAAUGUACUGAUCUAAUAAGAGAUUGACAGUGUGUUUAAUUAGUUGAUGCCUACUUUCUUCGUCACACGAGUCUAAUUUUUUUAUCUGUAAGUCUCUGCUGAUGCUUCUCAUUCCUAUGGUUUGGUUAGUUUUUAACUAACCUAGGAAUCAAGCCGAAUUGAUCAAUUUUAAUUAGGUCCAUCUACAAACCGAAAAUGCACUAUUAAUCGGUUGAUGUUACUUACACUUACA